ACCAGGAGAAGGGGGAGCGGCAGCGCUCGCCGGGGGAUGCAGCAGCGGCGGCGGCGACGGCGGCAGCAGCAGCGGCGCGGAGUCCCCUGCGCCCCGCGGCCCGGCUGGGCUGCGGCAGAGGCGGCAGCGCUCCGCGCUGGUGAGGCCGCCGGGGCCGGGCGCGCUGGUCGGGAGUGAAUAGGAAGAGACUCCUGCCUCCCGAGAGCAGCCCCAAAUUGGCCAGGAGAGAAGAUGGCCCGGGCCAGCCUCCGGCUCUGCCUGCUUUCUGCCGCAGUCUUCUCAUUGCUGGACGGGAGCGCAGCCUUCCUGCCACACCACCGCCUGAAAGGCAGGUUUCAGAGGGACCGCAGAAACAUCCGCCCCAACAUCAUCCUGGUGCUGACGGAUGACCAGGAUGUGGAGCUGGGUUCCAUGCAGGUGAUGAACAAGACGCGGCGCAUCCUGGAGCGGGGCGGGGCGCACUUCAUCAACGCCUUCGUCACCACACCCAUGUGCUGUCCGUCGCGCUCCUCCAUCCUCACCGGCAAGUACGUCCACAACCACAACACCUACACCAACAACGAGAACUGCUCGUCGCCCUCCUGGCAGGCACAGCACGAGGGCCGCACCUUCGCCGUGUACCUCAACAGCACCGGCUACCGCACAGCUUUCUUCGGGAAGUAUCUCAAUGAAUACAACGGCUCCUACGUGCCACCCGGCUGGAAGGAGUGGGUCGGGCUCCUGAAAAACUCCCGCUUCUAUAAUUACACUCUCUGUCGGAAUGGCGUGAAGGAGAAGCACGGCUCCGACUACUCCAAGGAUUACCUCACAGACCUCAUCACCAAUGACAGCGUGAGCUUCUUCCGCACGUCCAAGAAGAUGUACCCGCACAGGCCGGUCCUAAUGGUCAUCAGCCACGCAGCCCCCCACGGCCCUGAGGACUCUGCCCCCCAGUAUUCACGCCUCUUCCCCAACGCGUCUCAGCACAUCACGCCGAGCUACAACUACGCACCCAACCCCGACAAGCACUGGAUCAUGCGCUACACGGGGCCCAUGAAGCCUAUCCACAUGCAGUUCACCAACAUGCUCCAGCGCAAGCGCCUGCAGACACUCAUGUCCGUGGACGACUCCAUGGAGACGAUCUAUAACAUGCUGGUGGAGACGGGCGAGCUGGACAACACAUACAUCGUGUACACCGCUGACCACGGCUACCACAUCGGCCAGUUCGGCCUGGUGAAAGGGAAGUCCAUGCCGUAUGAGUUCGACAUAAGGGUCCCAUUCUACGUGAGGGGCCCCAACGUGGAGGCCGGCUCUCUGAACCCCCACAUUGUGCUCAACAUUGACCUGGCCCCCACCAUCCUGGACAUCGCAGGGCUGGACAUCCCCGCAGAUAUGGAUGGGAAGUCCAUCCUCAAGCUGCUGGACACCGAGCGGCCAGUGAACCGGUUUCACUUGAAAAAGAAAAUGAGGGUCUGGCGUGACUCCUUCCUGGUGGAGAGAGGCAAACUGCUCCACAAGAGAGAGAGUGACAAGGUGGAGGCGCAGGAGGAGAACUUCCUGCCCAAGUUCCAGCGCGUGAAGGACCUGUGUCAGCGUGCCGAGUACCAGACGGCCUGUGAGCAGCUGGGGCAGAAGUGGCAGUGCGUGGAGGACGCCACGGGGAAGCUGAAGCUACACAAGUGCAGGGGCCCGGUGCGGCUCAAUAGUGGCAGAGCCCUCUCCAACUUUGUGCCCAAGUACUACGGGCAGGGCAGCGAGGCCUGCACAUGUGACAGCGGGGACUACAAGCUCAGCCUGGCUGGACGCCGGAAAAAGUUCUUCAAGAAGAAGUACAAGGCCAGCUACGCCCGCCAUCGCUCCAUCCGCUCAGUGGCCAUCAAGGUGGAUGGUGAAGUGUACCAUAUAGGCCUGGAGGAUGCAUCCCAGCCCCGCAACCUCACCAAGCGGCACUGGCCAGGGGCUCCUGAAGGCCAAGACGACAAGGAUGGUGGAGACUUCAGUGGCACUGGAGGCCUUCCAGACUAUUCAGCCCCCAACCCCAUUAAAGUGACACAUCGGUGCUACAUCCUAGAAAAUGACACGGUCCAGUGUGACCUGGACCUGUACAAGUCCCUACAGGCCUGGAAAGACCACAAGCUGCACAUUGACCAUGAGAUUGAAACGCUGCAGAAUAAAAUUAAGAACCUGAGAGAAGUCCGCGGUCACCUGAAGAAAAAGCGACCAGAAGAAUGUGACUGUCACAAAAUCAGGAAGGGUCUGCAAGAGAAGGACAAGGUGUGGCUGUUGCGGGAGCAGAAGCGCAAGAAGAAACUUCGCAAGCUGCUUAAGCGCCUGCAGAACAACGACACGUGCAGCAUGCCGGGCCUCACGUGCUUCACCCACGACAACCAGCACUGGCAGACAGCGCCUCUCUGGACAUUGGGGCCUUUCUGUGCCUGCACCAGCGCCAACAAUAACACCUACUGGUGCAUGAGGACAAUCAACGAGACCCACAACUUCCUCUUCUGUGAAUUUGCAACUGGCUUCCUAGAGUACUUUGAUCUCAACACAGACCCCUACCAGCUGAUGAAUGCAGUGAACACACUGGACAGGGAUGUCCUCAAUCAGCUACAUGUACAACUUGUGGAGCUGCGGAGCUGCAAGGGUUACAAGCAGUGUAACCCCCGGACCCGAAACAUGGACCUGGGACUUAAAGACGGAGGAAGCUAUGAACAAUACAGGCAGUUUCAGCGUCGAAAGUGGCCAGAUAUGAAGAGACCUUCUUCCAAAUCACUGGGACAACUGUGGGAAGGCUGGGAAGGUUAACAACAGAGAUGGACCUGACUAUACAGGCAGUGAAAAAUCACACGUAAUUUCCAGCAGACCUAUGCUAUAGGCCAGGACGCCUGAGAGAAACAGAACUUGCUUUCAGUCAACAUGGCAAAUUCUGGAGGAUAACCACCGGGAGCAGAGGGAACUGCAGGAAGUCCACUUUUGCCCCUGCUUUUGCUUUGGAUUAUACCUCACCAGCUGCACAAAAUCCUUUUUUUUUUCCAUAUCAGAAAGUCACCACUAACCCUCCCUAAAAGGCUCACAAGGGAAAAAGAACAGAAAGAUACAUUCUUGGAAAUUUCUCCAAAGGGUGAAAGUCACUGGAAUUUUUCUUAAAUCAUAGAGGAAAAACAACCUUGUUUUAAAUCCUUUCAUUCUUUUGGUUUGUCACAAAGAAGGAAUAAGAAGCAGGACAGAAACAACUUGCAGAGGCUGAAUACACUGCAAAGAGAUUGCCAAUCAGUCAACAGCACAAAAGAAAUGACAUUUUCUUACACUGUAACUCUGGCUGCCUCUGAAGAAACUGCCUUUACUGUAUAUAUGUGACUAUUUACAUGUAACCAACAUGGGAACUUUUAGGGAAAUCUGACUAAAGAGAAAUCCCAAUUUUCAAGAGUCGUGGUGUCAAUAAACACUCUGUGGCCAAUGUAAAAGAAAAUCCCUUGCAGUUGUGGGCAUUUCUGUUCCUGACCAGAUAACUUCUCCCCCAGUAUUUCUUGGUUAUCUGUCUCAAAACUGAUGUUUUUUAAGGUACUAAAAAAGAUAUGAAGUUGAUAUAUGUCUCAAGUUUUGAUGAAACUGUAUUUGUAAAGAAAUUUUGUAGCAUAAGUAUUGUCAUACAACGUUCAGAACCCUAGCCAAUGAAUGACAAGCGGUUGGUAUGAAGAAACCUUUGACAUUUUGUAAAAGGCCAUUCUUGGGA